GUCGCUUCCGGUAGCCGCGGUGCUGCGGCUGUUUCUGUGCGUUCCUGGUGGUCUUUGCAGCUCGUGCUUGCGGUGAUGCCUGAGCCGGCAAAAUCUGCCCCGGCGCCCAAGAAGGGCUCAAAGAAAGCCGUCACCAAAGCCCAGAAGAAGGACGGUAAGAAGCGCAAGCGCAGCCGCAAGGAGAGCUAUUCCAUCUACGUGUACAAGGUGCUGAAGCAGGUGCACCCGGACACCGGCAUCUCGUCCAAGGCCAUGGGCAUCAUGAACUCGUUCGUCAACGACAUCUUCGAGCGCAUCGCGGGCGAAGCGUCGCGCCUGGCGCAUUACAACAAGCGCUCGACCAUCACGUCUCGGGAGAUCCAGACGGCCGUGCGCCUGCUGCUGCCCGGCGAGCUGGCCAAGCACGCUGUGUCCGAGGGCACCAAGGCGGUCACCAAGUACACCAGCUCCAAGUGAGUCCCCGCUGGGACGCGGCGCUCGCCCGAGUCGCCGGGCCGCUUGACUUUCCAAAGGCUCUUUUCAGAGCCACCCACCUCCUCAGUGGAAAAAAGCUGUUAUCAUUCUCAUUUACUUUCAUUUUCUGUUUCGGUUCUUUUCCGUACCACCUAUUUCAUUUCUAUUGUAAAUCUGUCCUUCCCUCUGGAUGAAGGAAAACAACCCAAGGUAGAACCACGUUGUGUCGAUCAGUCCAAAACUAGAAUAACUGCUCAUUGUCAUACAGGUAACUUGCCUUUUUCAAUGAAACUGUUAGUGAUGCGUGACCAGUGUAAAUCUACUAAGGAGGAUGGUGGGAAAAGUUAAGCAGUGGUUACUCUGAAGCUGUUAGAUUGGGUCAGUACUUUGUGAAUGCAUUUUUCUUGAGCUGAGGAAACCAAACACGUUAUUGUUUUAAAAAAAUGCCUUGAGACCAUGCCCCAGCACGUAUAAAAGAUCUUUGUGUCGACUAAAAAUAAAAACAAACGAGGUGGUUGAAAAAGAUUUCUGCUAAUUAACAACAAAAACUCAAGUUAGUGAAUUUAGCUCUUGUCUAUGGGAAGAUGCGAGAGUGGGCUGAUCUAGGGUCAGUAUCAUGUUUUUCUGCAUCCUUAAAUCCCCUCAGGGUGCACAGUCGGGGUGGCUACAGCUGCUGAUGGCUUGAUGGCCACAACAUCCUUUGAUUACUGAUUUGGCAGGUGACAUUUUUCAUCUACAUGUGCUUGAAGUAAUUUUUAGUCUAGAUACACUUGGUGUCUCACUUUGCUAUUCCUUUCAGUUAGUAUUUGUUUGUUUGUUUUUGGCACACGAGCUUAGUUGCUCCGCAGCAUGUGGGAUCUUCCUGGAGCUGGGAUCGAACCCGUGACCUCUGCAUUGGCAGGCAGAUUCUUAACCACCGCACCACCUAGGAAGCCCGUCAGUUAGUACUUGAACAGAGGCCUGAAUGAAGAAUGUGAGCCAUAGGAUAUCUUCAUGAAGAAUGUUCUAAGAACAAAAACCAGCAAGUGCAAAGGCCCUGAGGCAAGCACAAGUUUGAGGGGUUCAAGGAAUAAGUAAGGCCACUGUGGCUGAAGCACAGUGAGCAAAGGAAAGAUCUGCAGUCAUGUACACCAUUGAGGGGCCUCUAGGCCAUUGCAAAGAUUUUAUCUUGAAUUCUAGGUAAGUUGGAGUGCCUUUGGAGAGCUUGAUCAGAGUAAUGACAUUAUUUGACUUAUGCUAAACUCAUCCAGGAUGCUAUGUUGAAAAAUAGGCUAUAGGUGAACAAGAGUAGAUGCAGGGAGACUAUCAAAGAAGCUACAGUAAUAGCUCAGGAGAGAAAAGGGUGGUAGUUGUGGAGGUGGUGAAAAGUAGUCAAGAUUUAUAUAUAUAUAUAUAUUUUUAAAAUUUAUUUUAUCAUGAUUAUUGGCUGCAUUGGGGUCUUCGUUGCAGCAUGCAGGCUUUCUUUAGUUGUGGAGAGUGGGGGCUACUCUUUUUUGUGGUGUGUGGGCUUCUUAUUGAGGUGACUUCUCUUGUUGCAGAGCGCAGGCUCUAGGCACACAGGCUUCAGUAGUUGCAGCACAUGGGCUCAAUAGUUGUGGCUCACAGGCUGUAGAGCACAGGCUCAGUAAUUGUGGCGCAUAGGCUUAGUUGUUCCAAGGCAUCUGGGAUCUUCUCGGACCAGGGCUCAAACCCGUAUCCCCUGCAUUGGCAGGCGGACUCCCAACCACUGUACCACCAGGGAAGCCCAAGAUAUAUUUUAAAUGAAAUUGAUGAAUUGUAUGUAGAUUAUGGUAGAAAGCAAGGAAUCAAGGAUUAAUUGCAGUUUCUUGCACUGAGUACUCGGAAAGAGCUGCAAUUUACUGAUAUAAGGGGCAAGUAGGUUUGGAGGGGGAAAGCCUAGAGUAAUGUCUUAGACAAAAUUUUGAGACUCCUAGUAGCUGUUCCAAGUGGAAAUAUCAAAUAGGAAAUAUCAAAUUCCCAAGUUGGGAAUAUGAAAUAUGAGAACUCUGGAGUUCCGGAAAGAGAAAGGACAAAGGGGUUAGAUUCUAAAACCCCGAUUCUUGCUCUUUUGUAGAUGAUCUUUUUUUUUUUCUGGAAACUUUUAGAAUCACUAUAACAUGUCUAGAUAUGUUUUUUUCCAUAUCUAGCUUUGGUCUCAGUGUUUCACUAAAAUCCCCUAUCCAACUUCAGUUUCAGCCUCCAACUUUAGAAGGCAGAAUAACGAAAUAUUUGUCAAUGUUAAUUGGGCAUCCCUGGGCUAGUGCAACCACGUAAGUCACUGUUACCUCUAAUAAGUGUAGCAAAGUAUGAUGAACAAAAGGAUAUCAUUCAGAGUUCUAGUUAAUAUAUAGAAAUAUAAUGGAGUAAAAAAAUCUCAUGUGUUCAUAUGUUGAA